UGUCUUGUCUUGUCGCUCGAAUUCACAGGAGAGAGAGAGAGAGAGAGAGAGAGAGAGAGAGAGAGAGAGAGAGAGAGAGAGAGAGAAGGAAGGAUGGGUGGAGGAAUGGAGACGAACAAGAACAAGUUCAUAGAGGAUUGGGGAUCCGCGAGGGAGAAUCUGGAGCAUAACUUCCGAUGGACACGUCGCAACUUCGCUCUCAUCGGCAUCUUCGGCAUCGCCCUCCCCAUCCUCGUCUACAAGGGCAUCGUCAAAGACUUCCAUAUGCAAGACGAAGAUGCUGGCAGACCACAUAGAAAGUUCCUCUGAGGUUUCUUUGCAAGCAACUACACUCUCUUCUUCAUAAAGUCUCAGCAGUGUGAAAUUUUCAAGAAGCUGAUUGCUACAACUCUCCUCUCCUUUUUUUUUUUUGCAUUGUAUUCAGAAUAAAAGAAUAACAUCUCAAUGAUUAUAACUUCUGUUUUGUAAAAGUUUGUUUUUAGUUUUGACAUAUUACUUUUGAGCUCAA